AUGAGCGCCGGUGAGUUGCAGCAGGCGCAGCCCAGAGCCUCGGCGCCGGCGGCCGCCCCCGCGCCCCCGCAGCCCCGCAGCGCCCAGGAAGCCCCCGACAUGGCCGUGUACUGCAGCGAGAACUUCAGCGUCUACCCCCAGCCCAGCCUUCACCCGCCCGGCGCCGCCGCCGCCGCCGCCGCGGCCGCCGCCGCCGCCGCCGCCGCCGCCGCCUCGUCGGGGCAGCGGGCGGGCGGGUACGCGCUGGGGGACUACGGGGCGCCCGCCAACGCCGGGUACCUGUGGGGCAUGAACAGCCCCGCGCCCUACCUGCAGGGCCCGCCCGGCGCCGCCGCCGCCGCCGCCGCGCCCUUCCUGCCGCCCGCCUCGUACGGCUGCUCGCGGGGCGGGCAGCUCGUGGGCUCGCCCCCGGCGCCCGGCUCGCCGUCGGCGGGCGGCGCGGAGCUGAGCUGGCUCAGCCUGGCCAGCCAGGAGGAGCUGCUGAAGCUGGUGCGGCCGCCCUACUCGUACUCGGCGCUGAUCGCCAUGGCCAUCCAGAGCGCGCCCGAGAGGAAGCUCACCCUCAGCCACAUCUACCAGUACGUGGCCGAGAACUUCCCCUUCUACAAGCGCAGCAAGGCCGGGUGGCAGAACAGCAUCCGCCACAACCUCAGCCUCAACGACUGCUUCCGCAAGGUGCCCCGCGACGAGGACGACCCCGGGAAGGGAAACUACUGGACCUUAGAUCCCAACUGCGAGAAGAUGUUUGACAAUGGGAACUUCCGUCGCAAACGCAAGCGGCGCUCUGAGCCCAACGCCCCCGCGGCCGCCUCUGCGGCCUCCUCUCUGGGGGGCCUGAAGGCCGAGGAAGAGCGACCCAUCCCAGCCACGGGCAAACCAUGUGGAAACAGCCCACCCCCAGAGCUGGACCCCUCACCCUCUGCCAGGGACCAUCCCAAAAGCUCCUCUCCCUCCAGUAUCAUUUCAUCCACGCCCAGCUGUCUCAGCACCUUCUUCAGCGGCAUGAGCUCCCUGAGCGGCGGGGGCAGCCGGCUGACGGGGGGUCUCAGCAGUGACCUGCACCACAGGAACUUCUCUGCUGGACAGCUGAGCAGUGGCACUUUCACCCCUUCCAGCAGCUCUUCUCAGGAAGUGCCUUCCCCAGACCAGCUGCAGCGGGUCGCGGGACCUUCCCCUGCCUACUACAGCUCCUUCCACCCCAGCAGCGGCAGCCAGGGAGCCCAGUACAACCACUACUACAACUUCACAGUCAACAGCCUCAUCUACACACGGGAUGGGACAGAGGUGUAGGGUGCUGGGGCAGCCAGCCGGCCAGCGCUGCAAAGGGAAAGGGUGUUGGACCAUGCGCUUUUGCAAACAGCAUUUCAACGUGGACACUUCCCAGGAGUUCUUCCAGGAAGACUGAUCUUCUCACCUUUCAACAUAAGAACACCCCUUAAG